GGUCCCCCAGCCGUCUUCACCCCGAACCCAAAGAUCGGGCCCGGUGGAAGCACCUACCAGGAAUCGGACCAUUUCCGAGUCUAUGGUACCGGCAAUCUGAACAAGACCCUCGACCUCCUGGAGGGCGAAUACGAUUGUCUCGUCAAUAUAUUGGGAUGGCGAUCACCGGGUCUGUCCAACUACGUUGAAGGAGAAAAAGGUCCCUGGUGCAAGACCAAUAUCUAUUCCGUCAGCGAUCUUGGAAGCUCAGCGGGUGUUCAGCGGUCCGAUACCAACCAUGGCUUUUCUUAUCUCGAUGUUGUCACCAAAUGGCUUGAUUCCGGUGUCACGGCUCAUGAAUUCGGUCACGCCCUUCAUUACCACCAGAGAACAUGGGUGUAUCAAUCCAGAACUGGAGCCUGGUGGGAAACUGUUGCGAACUGGGUCUCCGAGACCUACCAGGCAUCUGAUAUCUGCGCCCCAGCUCGGGCAAAGGUAAGCAGAUCGGCUGCUGCAAGUAUCAUCGAAGUUAAGAAGCUCAUCGGAGAUUCGUUCCAAGUCAUCGUCGACGGCUCUUCGGGUACUGGAAACUACUACCAAGCCUGGCCUUUCCUCACCUAUCUCACCAAUAACCCCGAUAAUAUCCCUGGACUGGGAAGAGAUGUGAUGCGCGAUUUGAUGGUCCAAUACAAGAAAGACAGUAACGAGACGCCUCUCCAUACUCUUGCGCGUGUGGCGAGUACAAAGGUCGGAAGCAUCGUCGGCUCAUACUGGGCCCGCAUGGCUUAUGUCGAUAUUGGACAUGCUCCCGCUCAAAAGGUAUUCCAGCAACAACGUGGAGGCAUCAACUACAAAAACGUCGCUCUCCAGUACGACAAGACGUACAAGGUUCUGCCUGAGCGCCAACCACGAUACAUGGGCUGCAACAUCAUCCCCCUGACCACAUCAGGCGCCACCACAGUCCAGGUCGACAUCAAGCUUGCGGAGAAGGCCGAGUUUACUGCAACCUUUGCUGUUCGAAACACUGGUAACGGAUCUGUACGAUACAAGACUCUGGAAGCUGGAUCUGGAUCCAUCGAAGUCUCGGACGGUGAGGAGAUUAGCUUGGUUGUUGCAAACACGCCGGCGGAUCCUAUCUUGUAUGAUGGCUUCAAAUUGACUAGCGACGUGCAAAAGGGCCUGGACUAUUCUUUCACACUUUCUGGGGCCACUGCAUAA